AUGACUGCUGCUUCGAGUGUCUCCAAUAACUCCGGCGUGUCAGAAGCUCAGAAGUGCAAGCUGAUCCAUGCUGAGUAUAAUGCUUGUAUGGCCAAGUGUAACGGGAACCCUUCGAGAUGCACCAAGCAAGAACAGGCCUUGAGACAAUGCGGGGAGAGUCUCGGCAUCAACUAUUGCAUCCAGGAGGGCAUUGAUCUCAUGCAGUGUGCCAAGUCUCCUACCCAAGACGGCUGUGCUAAGCAGUUCAUCAAAAUGAGAGAGUGCAAUCGUCCAGGCGGAGCGGAGUUGACAGUUUCUCAAGCUGGAGGGUAUGCAAUGACUGGAGGUGACUCGGCUAAGUCCCGUUACGUGAGGGGCGCAGAGAGGCUAUUGGGUGCUGUACCGCCUCAGAGGACAGCUGCGCAGCUGUCGGCGGCAUGCGAGGCUUAUGCGGAGGCUAACGGCAUCGGUGAGCAGAAGAACACUCGAUUCUGA